AUGUGCUGCUUUAUAAGAAAUAAUGUCUUUUUCUAUUUGUUAAUUUAUUCAGUAAAUUUUAUUCAAAUUAUUCUAGGCAAAGAAUUAUUUGAAUUUUCUCAACCAUCGAAAUGUAAAAAUAAUGAAUAUUUUGAUACCAUAUCGCUUUCUUGCAUAUUGUGUGAUCCUGAUAAAAAUUUAAAACCAUCUGUCGAUCGAUUACGAUGUAUAUGUGAUGACUUUAGUAAAAAAAUUGAUUUCAAAAAUGGUUAUCCUGUAUGUGUAUUCUGUGGUAUUAACACUACAGUAACUUCAGAUGGAAACGAUUGUGUACCAUGUAACAAUACAUUGUGUAAAUGUGCCUCUAAUGAAAUACAAGUAGAUAGAAGUUUAGAUGGAACUUUACUAGAUGCUAUGUAUUGCAUUCCAUGUCCUAAUAAUACUUAUCCAUUUUUGGAUGGAUCUAAAUGCUUACCUUGUAAAAAUUUUGAAUAUAAUUAUUAUGAAAACGAUAUAUAUUUAACAAAGUACCAUUAUAUACAAAUACAGAAUUAUUGUUUGCACAAAAAUAUUUAUUUUGAUAAAGAGAAUCCAAAAACUGCAUUUCAAGUGAAGUUUAAGAAUAAAAACAUAGAUAGUUAUUAUUUUAGAAAUGAACUUCAAACUGCUAUAUAUUUUUGUAAGAAAAAAGAUAAAUUGGCAUGUGAACAUUUAUCAAAUAUAUGUGUCUUGAGCAUUUAUGCUAAUGAUAUUGCUUGUAAGUUCUUUAUGCAAAAACAAAAAUCACCUAUAUGGUUAUUUUAUAAUAAAAAUGACACUAAAACUGUAUUAAACAGUAAACAAAUUACACAAAAUUAUAGCUUGAUGAAGAAUAAUAACGAUAAUAUAUUAAAUUUUACAGUUACAACAUUUUCUUUACAUGGAUAUUUUAAAUCAAUUGGUACACCUAAUAUUCCAUGUAAUUUGUUGGAACAUGUUAAUUUUGGUAUUAAUUUUGAAAAAAAAUGUAAAAUUACAGUUAAAAAUUUAGCUCAAACAAAAAUAGAAUUUAUGUCUCCUUAUUUAACAUUUACAGAAAACAAUAUUAGUUUAAUGUAUGCAUUACCUGUACUCAUUAAAAAUAUAAAUCAGAACAAUAAUGAAUUAGAUUGGCAGUUAGUUCGCAAAUUUUUUUUUGUCGAUAAUGUCAGUGGUUUUAAAAGAUUAUCAAAUUUCACAAAUAACAAGGAUGAUGAGUUAUCUGUGUUACGUUAUAUGAAAUCUCUAAACAUAAUAAUUAAUAUUCAAAAUACAAAGGAUAAAAAUAAAAUAUUUCCUCCUUUGUUAAUUAUUGAAUAUGCUGAAUUAACAUAUGAACAGAUUGAUAAAGUUACAGAAGUUACGUUAGAUUACAAAAUUAAAUUUACUCUAAAAGAUGACAAUAUUGAUUCAUAUUUUAUGAUAAUUAUUGGGAUUUUAUCAGGAUUAAUUUUAAUUUUAUCUGGAAUAAAAACAUGGAACUACAGUAAACGUCACCAUACUUCAUUUAUUAAUAUAUUUGUAUUUAUUUGGUUUUUUAUUUAUACUAUGAAUACCAUAGGAAGCAUAAUUAUUUUAUGUUUGGUUAUUUUAUGCUUAUAUCUAUUUACAUUUUAUAAAGAAGAAACAAUACCAUAUAUCCUUUUUUCUGAAGAUAUCAAUGAAAAAGUAAUAAAAAUAUUCACUGCAACAGCAUUCUUUUCUAAACUUAUAGAAAUGUUUGGAUUUAUUUGUCAAUAUUGGAAUAUUGAUAUAUUCUUUAUUGAUUGGGAACAACCAAAAACAACAUACAAUCAAUGUAAACAUGAUCUUCCAUAUAUGUCUAUAAAUGAAUUUUAUAUUGAUAAACUUUCAAGAAGUAAAUUUAAACAGUUUCAAAUGUCAUCAGAAAUAAUAACAGCUAAACGCAAAAAAAUUGCGUGUGAGUUAAAUAAGUAUAAUAAUUCUAAAAACUUCAAUAAAUAUCUGAAUAACAAAGAGAAAACUAAUAUUUCAACUACAAAUUCAAUAUCAAAAAUGUCUGCCCAAAUAAUAAAUAAGAAUAGUAAAUUUGAUAAUGCACCUAUUAGUAUAUGGAGGACAUGCUUUAUCGCAAGUCAAUGGUUAAAUCUUCAAACGAAAAGAAAAAUAAAUAUAAAGAUACAAUUACUUGCAGUUUUAUGUAUUUUCCAGAUUAUACGACUGUAUCCAUGGAUUUUUGGAAUAUAUACAUUUUCUGAGGAUUAUAAUUUUAUUUUAUAUUUCACAAUAUGUGUCUUGAUAUAUAUUUUAACUUAUUGUAUGCAGUGGUUAGUGUUCGUUAUAUUCUAUGAACAAUGUGUCACAAAUAAAAUGCAAGAAUUUAUAAAUCUAUGUUCAAUUGCAAAUAUCAGUUUAUUUAUUUUACCAUUUAAUUAUUAUGGUUUUUAUAUUCAUGGAAGAUCAGUGCAUGGAUUUGCAGACACAGACUUACCAACUUUAAUUAAUGGAUUUCAAAUGGAGAAAAGUAAUUUAUGCGCACAUAAAGGUCUUAUACCAGGAACAACUCAACAAACUUUUAUUUUAUACUUAACAGAAAGUUUCAGAGUUAGUUUUAACAAAAGUUUAGAACUGAUGAAGAUCGAACGAAAUAAUUUUAUAAAAACUUACUAUUCUUCUACGAUAAAUUGGGAAUAUGUUUUUAAUAGUCAAUUGAAAAUAAAAGAAUACUUAUAUAAAUAUAUAGAUCAUUGCAUAACAGACGAAGACUAUGCCAUUAAAGAACAACAUUUCUUUGAAAAAGUAUUUAAUAUUAUACUUUCUCGUAAUAAAGAGAAAUCAAUUUUCUAUAUUGAUAAUAAUUAUUCUUUCAAUCAAACAUUAUUAUAUGGAAAUGAGUGGUUAUUUGCAACAUUUGAAAUUUCAAUAUUUACUUUCAUUAUUGUGCUGUGUAACGAUUGUACAUUAGCUAUUAUAAUUACAGUGUUAAUAUCAAUGCUGCUAACUGUAAUAGUAAAACAAAAUGGAAAAAGAAAUUUAAAUAAGCAUACAUUAUUAGAUAAGUUAUAUUUUAUGUAAUUCAUACUUGCAGUAUAAUUUUAAAAAUUGUGUGAUAAUUUGAUAGAUUUAUAUUAAUAUAUAAUAAUUAUCAUUUAUACAAUUUGCAUGGACGAAAAAUUGCAACAUGUCAUGUGUAAUAGAUAGAUAAAAAUAUUUUUAUAUACAAGAUACUAUAAAUAA